GAAAGGUUCGUCAAGACACAGGAAGGUACUUGCUUCAAUCCAAACAAACAUUGCUUUAUUGUAGAAAAAGGUUAGUUCUACAGUAAAUACAUUUUACAAAAAGUUAAAACAAAAAGAGUUGGAAGCAAUGAUAGAGGCUGUGGGAAACCAGUAUGUGGUAUCCAGGCCAAUAUAUUCAGAAAAUGCCUUUCAUACUGAACAUGAAAAAUUGCACAGAUAUCAUAAAACAUUUCUGGACCAUGUUCGAGUUUUCUUUGGAUGUUCUCGGGAGAAGGCCAAGAGAAUUGCCUACACAUUCUUCCCUAUUGCUUCCUGGCUUCCAGUGUAUCCAUUUAAAGAAUGGAUUUUAAGUGACAUUGUCUCUGGCAUCAGUACUGGUCUGGUAGCAGUCCUACAGGGUCUGGCAUUUGCUCUCCUGGUGAAUGUUACUCCUGGGUAUGGUCUGUAUGCAGCUUUCUUUCCAGUCAUCAUCUAUUUUUUCUUUGGCACUUCCAAGCAUAUAUCUGUAGGUCCAUUUCCAGUGCUCAGCUUGAUGGUUGGUACAGCAGUACUCAGGUUAGCUCCAGAUGAUCCAUCUAUCAGUGCUAAUAACACAGAAGCUAUAACGUUGCUGAAUGAAAAACGAGUUGUUGUGGCAGCAUCUAUUACAGUUCUUGCUGGCAUCUUUCAGUUGGCUAUGGGACUUCUGCAAAUUGGAUUCAUUGUGAUUUAUUUAUCUGACUCCCUUAUAAGCGGCUUUACAACUGCUGCUGCUAUACAUGUUUUGGUAUCACAACUAAAGUUUGUAUUUGGAUUAACAGUAGAGCCAUAUAGUGGACCACUGGCCCUGUUUUAUACUUUGAAAGGCAUAUUUAUCCAGAUUACAGACACAAACAUUGCAGACCUUGUAACCUCCAUUAUCAUAAUGGUUGUAGUCUUUGCUGUAAAAGAAAUCAAUGACCGUUUCAAAGCAAAGAUUCCUGUACCAAUCCCCAUUGAAGUCAUUAUGACAGUUAUUGCUACUGGCGUAUCCUAUGGAUUUAACUUCAAGGAUAAAUAUAAAGUGGAUAUCGUUGGAAAGUUAGAAAAAGGAUUUCAGCCUCCAAUGGCACCAAGCAUCUCCGUUUUUCAGGAUUGUAUAGCGGAUGGUUUCUCCAUUGCAAUUGUGGGAUUUGCUGUAGCCUUUUCUGUUGCAAAAGUAUAUUCUAUCAAGCAUGACUAUAUUAUAGAUGGAAAUCAGGAAUUAGUGGCAUUUGGAUUAAGCAACAUAUUUAAUGGCUGUUUCAAGGGUUUUGCAGCAAGCACCGCCUUGUCAAGGUCAGCUGUGCAAGAAAGUACAGGAGGCAAAACUCAGAUUGCAGGUUUAUUAUCAGCUAUAAUUGUUAUGAUUGUCACCUUGGCUAUAGGAUUUCUUCUUGAACCUCUACAAAAGUCUGUACUAGGAGCCUUGGUAAUAAUCAAUCUGAAAGGAAUGCUCAUGCAGUUUAAUGAACUUCCUGUUUUGUUCCGGAAAGAUAAAUAUGAUUUGUUAGUAUGGAUUGUGACCUUCUUAGCUGCUGUUCUACUCGGACUUGACCUUGGACUAGCAGCGGGAGUGGGCUUUGAGUUGCUGACUGUUGUAUUCCGUGCCCAGUUCCCAAAAUGUUCUCAGAUUGCUAAUGUUGGAGGAAGUAACAUUUACAAGAACAGGAAAGAUUAUAAAAAUAUAUAUGAGCCUCAGGGAGUGAAGAUUUUCAGAUGUCCAUCUCCAAUAUUCUUUGCCAAUAUUGAUUUUUUUAAAGACAAACUCAUAGCUGCUGUUGGCUUUAACCCACUGAGGAUACUACGUAAGCGGAAUAAAGCACUGAGAAAAAUCAGGAAGCUCCUGAAUAAAGGAGAACUUCAAUGGACAAAAGGUAUGAUCAAUACUUCAAGCUGCAACAUCGAUUCUGAAGAAGAACUAGAUAAUAAUCACAUCGAAGAGCUUGACCAGCCUACAUACACUGCUGAUCUUCCCAUUACAAUAAACUGGAACGAAGAUCUACCAAACAAUAUCAGUGUUCCAAAAAUCGACAUUCACAGCUUAAUUCUUGAUUUUGGAGCGGUGUCUUUCCUUGAUAUGUCUGGGAUGAAAGGCUUAAAAGGGGCUUUAAAAGAAUUUCUGAAAAUUGAAGUUGAUAUUUACAUUGCUGGCAUAGAUGAUAACCUUCUGGAAAAGCUUGAACGAUGUGGAUUUUUUGAUGAUGAGAUUACUACCUCAAUGAUCUUCCUCAGCAUACAUGAUGCUGUGUUACAUAUACUUGCUAAAAAGGAUGAUAUGUCCAACCUUAAUAAUUUAAAGGAGAAGGAAACACGAUUCUUUGCAAACCAAUACACAAAUCUGGGCAUCAGUUCCAAGGAUUCUGCUGAAAAAGAAGCAGAACUUUUAGCAAAUGAAAAUAAAAAUGGAAGUCUUCGAAACAGAGCAAAUUCUGUAACAGUCGCCUCUGCACUUUAAUCAUGAGAAAUGAAGAAUAAAUGGGCCUGAUGAUUUCCAAGAAGUGCAAAAUAUGUCUUGUCUGAAUGGCAUGAGACAAUAUACAAUCACCUAUUUCCACAACUGUAAUGAUAUAAAUCUGCUAAUUCUGAAGGGUGUUGAUAUACCAGUAUGGAAAAAGUGCAAAGACAUUUAACUGUUUGUAUGCAGUACACAGAUUGCAUUUUAAGCAAUCUGUCCACUAACGAAUAUUUUUAUGUAAAAUGUUCUCAGGAUUUUAGGACUUCAAGGAAUGCACAUGUAUAAACAUGUAUGUGUGUAUGUUACAUAAGAUAUGUUACCUUCUGUCAUAUAGGUAAUACACAAAUUAUUACUUUUUAAUAUUUAUCCUUCUAGACACAACUCUAUAGGGGUGUACCACCAUUCUCUAUGCCAUAACUGCCUCUGGCAAAGAAAUGGAGCCCUAACUUAUGCAGCAUCAUAUACAUACAUAUUUUUUUUACAUAUUAGUGAGAAUUAUAUAUACAAUUGUAUAUUAUAUACAUGUUCAAGUAAAAUAAUCAAAUACAACUGUUUAUAUGUAAAUAGGUCUUUUUCUUAAUAUUUAAAAGACAAGAGUGGUUGGAUAAUCAAAAUAUGACUUGUAUAAUUAAUUUGUGGGAUUUCUGCUGUGAUCAUAAUGCCAUCAAAUACAGGAACAGAAUCAAACGAUUAAAGGAGAUAUGAGAAAAACAAUAACAAGAUACAUGAAUAUUAAUGUUAUUAUGAAUGGGAUAGAGAUUUCGUUAUUAACGUUAAAGCAAAAAUUAAGAAAAAAAUACUGCUGUAACACUGAACCCAUGUACCUACAGUACCCCACCAAUGCAGCGUCUUAGCUGAGCUUUGUUCUAUGGAUAGAAUGAGGUAAAUAUGCUGGGAAAAGCUUUGUACUUAGAAAAAUAAUUGUAGAUAUUUUCUAUUUGUUUUAUAUAAAGUUUAUACAUGAAAACCUGA